AUCCCUAGCACUGACUCUUUGUGACCUAAGCAGAGCAUUUGACUGCGUUGACCAUGGAAUUUUGUCUGAUAAGCUCCAUUACUAUGGGAUUGUGGACUCAGCUUUGUCUCUAUUGAAUUCCUACCUGACUGGGAGGGCACAAGUGGUGUCUCUUGGAGGAGCUUCUUCCAGCCCACUUCCUGUGAAUUUUGGAGUGCCACAGGGUUCAAUACUGGGACCAAUCCUGUUUAUCAUAAUGAUAAAUGACUUGGACAACAACGGCUCGACUCUGCUAUUUGCUAAUGAUACGUCCUUAUUGUCAUCUGGAGUGGACCUACAGCAUGUGCUAGAACUGUUAGCAGAGCAUCUCCAAUCUUCAACCUCAUGGUUCCAGGCAAAUCGCUUUCAGUUGAAUGAGAACAAGACACAAAACAUAAUCUGCAGUUUGUCUCGCAGCCUGCCAGCUGAACAGGACCCUGUAAAGCUGUUAGGGUUUGUCUUGGACUCAAAACUGAACUGGGCUAGCCACAUCCAACAAGUGACCAGGAGGCUGUCGCGAAUUUGUUUCUUGUUGCUGAAGCUGAGGGGACAUGUGACAGAGGCAUAUCUGGUAAUGAUUUACCAUGCACUUUUCCACUGCCAUAUCUCCUAUGGUCUGCUCAUGUGGGGUCAUUCAGCAAGGGUGGUGGAAGUACUUAAGCUGCAGAAACGGGCUGCACGGAUUAUAACUGCUAGUGAACAUCGAGCACACUGCAAGCCCCUUUUUGUAAGACUGGGAAUUAUGACAGUUGUCAGCCACUUCCUUCUUCUCUGCCUGCUGCAUGUCAAGAAGAAUCAGCAUGGUUUGUUGACUCGGAAUGAUGUGCACCAUUACAACACUAGGCAUCGAGAGCUGCUUGACAUCCCGAGGGUACGUCUUCAGAGGUCGCAGGUGUGUUAUGGGAGUGCAGCAUUACGCUACUUCAAUAGACUGCCUGCAGGAGUGAAGCAGUUGGAUUUGCGUGAUUUUGAGAGAGUGGUGACCGGAUUUAUGAGAGUCAGAGCCUACUAUGAAGUGCGUGAAUACAUGAGUGAUGAUCUGACUCAAAUUUUAACUACUUAGUCACUUUCUGCCAUCUUGAUCUUGACUUGAGUAUGAAAGUGUUGUUUUUAUUGUAUAAUGACGCCAUCGAUCCCACAGAUGUGGGUAAUGGAUGAAGAAGGAGGUAUAUAUAUAAGGUA